CUAGAGAUAACGUUAUCAACCAAUAUAAUAGUGCCGUUGGUAUUGAUGUUGUAGUGCAACAUUACGAUGGAGAUGAAGUCGUUAAUAAUAAUAUGUUUAGUUAUAGUUUGUGUAGCUGCUCAGGCAACGAAUAACAGCAAUUUAAUCUCAGUUGUUGUGAUCGCUAGACAUGGAGAUCGUACUCCAACCAAGUUUGCACCUCUGGAUCCUUACAGCGACCACAAAUAUUGGCCAGCAGGAAGAGGCGAAUUGACGAAUGUGGGAAUUCAGCAGCACUAUAAUUUAGGCAGAUGGCUCCGAGAAAGAUAUGCAGAUUUCAUCCCGUCCAAAUACAACAAAAAAGACAUCUACGUGAGAUCGGCUUCCGCUGAUCGAUGCCUCAUGUCAGCCGCAUCCAAUUUGGCUGGCCUUUAUCCGCCGACAGAAGACCAAAUCUGGAAUCCGAACUUACCCUGGAGACCGAUACCGAUACAUUCGAAGCCGAAAUCUGAAGAUUACAUCUUCGAGAUGGGCAGUAUCUGCCCCAGAUACGAAGAAAUAUACCAGGACCUCUUAAACUCCGUUGAGUUCAAGGAAAUCGACGCUUUGAACUCCGCGCUUUACGCAUAUCUCGAAACUAACCUGGGGGUGAAGAUUGAAAGUUUCACAGAUAUCCAGCCAUGGUACGAUACGUUGAGGAUUGAAGAACUGAAUAACUUAACACUACCCAAUUGGACGCACUCGGUUUAUCCGGACGUCAUGAAGCAAUGGUCAGAUCAGACCUUCAAGGUUUCAACUUACGACAGCGAAUUGGCUCGUUUUGGUACUGGUCCUUUCUUCGAUAAAAUCUCGAAGCACUUCGAGGCCGCUAGUACCAACUUGACCAAGAAGUUGAUUGCGAAGAAGAUUGUUCUGUUUACUGGGCAUCAAACGAAUAUCUGCGAUAUAUCUAAUGCACUGAAAGUAUUCAGAGAAGCGCCCUUUGCCAGUGCGUUGAUCUUCGAACUCAGGAAUGACACCAAGUCGUCGAAGCCAUUUGUUCAACUGCUGUAUAAGACAGAGGAAGGAUUGGAAGUUCUCAAGAUGAAGAAGUGUAGCGUUGAGUGUGACCUGGAAGACUUUUUGAGAAUUGUGGAACCUUUGAGGAUGAAUGAUACUCAAGUUAUAGAAGAAUGUAACAUUACGAAAACCUUUUUGGAAUGAAAUAUGACAACAAUUUAAUUGUUACUCGGGAAAUUUGACUGAAAUUAAUAAAUCCUGAUUCAAUUUUA